CUGCACUCGACGUCUUCCAUUCACUACCUUCACCUUGACCUGCCGCACCUUCCGCGCAUCCACGCUCACUACUACCGGACCUUCACCGUUGUCUGCCGUGCGACUCUUUAGCUAGACGCUGCACACUCGACCGCCGACAGCAGGUAUCCUCGACCAGGCAACAGCCACCCACGCACCUGCCCAACCGCAUCUACAACUCGUACCACUACAACCACCAUGUCAUUCCUCAAGGCAAACUCGGCCACGGGCAUGAAUGCCCCCUCGCCGACACCCUCGAGCUCCUCCGCCAGCGGGAAGCGCAAGCGUCCAACCGAUGGAGCGCCCCCCGUAGUCUACUCGCAGCCGCAGGACACAGGCACCGGCGAGCACGUCUUCACCCGCCUCACCUAUGUCAAUGACUUUUUGCGCGAGCGCAAAGAAAAAUGGCACACCUUCGACGACAUCAUGGAAUACCUCAACAUCCCGCCGGGCCACAUCCAGCGCGAACAGCUGCGCCAGCUGAUGCGCGCCGACAACGCAGGCAACAGGAUCAGCUGGGACUCUGCGAACGAGCGGUACAAAUACAAGAGCAAGCUCAGCAUUCACGACCGUGCGCAGCUCAAAGGCCAUUUCCAGACGCAGAAGUCGGCCAUGGGACUUCAGAUCAAAGACCUGAAGGACGGCUGGUCCACCGUGGCCGACGACAUCACCAAGAUGGAGAACAAGAAGGAGGUGCUGGUGCGACGCGCUAAGGACGGCGUGCCAAAGACUGUCUGGGGCAAUGACCCUUCUCUCAUGCUGCCCAUGGACCCCGUCUUCGCAAAGGCGUGGCACUCGGUCCAGGUGCCGGACAACCCGGACGAGCUGCGCAAGGCGCUCUUGGCCAACAAGCUGACAGCCGCCACGCAAGCCAAGGUCAUUGUCGCUGCCCCCACGAACAAGAAGAAGAAGGGUCCUCGUCGUGGUGGCAAGCAGACCAACACCCACAUGAUUGGCAUCCUAAAAGAUUUCUCUGGAAUGAGAAAGUGAACUUUAUUCGUUUAUUGACUGCAUAGCGACGGCGUUGGCACAUGUUCUCACGUAUAUUGGCGUUUUCAUCUGGACAACGUGGGAAGACCGUUGAACCUCCUUCAAAUUGAUAUAAACAUAUGUACAUUAUGCAUUCC